UUCGUUUUUCUGUUCAUCAAUAUUUUCAAUUAAUAUUUUCAAUUUGACUCCAUUGGUAUAAGCUGGCUUCUUCUCUUCGUCGUCCCUUUUGUUCUUCCUUGGUACCCUCACUGUUUCUCCAUGGGCGCUUCAGAAUCAUCUCUCACGAGCUCCAGAAUUUCGGAGGAUGGAAUUACCACUGUUUUAGAGCGCGCGGAGGGCGUAGACCCCAUUUUAGAGAGGCUUAAAUCCCUCAAAAUCACGACUCCGAUACUGGCAUCAGCCCCACCGGAAAGUACCUUAACCGAUAUCCUUGUGCGGAAGCCAUUUUCUUCUACUACUUCUGGUACUUUGGAUCCUAAUGUGCUUCUGGAGCUUUUCACAAUCUAUCGCGAUUGGCAGGAGGAGAAGGCACAAAAGAUAACUAAAAGACAGGAAGAGAUAGAAAAUAAAAUAGAAGUUGCAGAUGCUUUGGCUGUGAAGCUUCUUCAACGUUUCAAUUACUCAGUCUCAGCAAUGAAAACCACAUCUAAUCAUCUAUCAGAAGUCCAUUCAUUGCAAGUUGAACUUGGAGACUUAAAAGGAAGAUUAACCGAAGUUAUUAGCAAUUGCGAUGCAUUAUGCAAGAGAAUAGCUAGCGAGGGUCCAGAAUCACUGCAAUCUUCGGUAAGGCCAUUAGCAGCAGUCGCCACCGAUCAAAAGACCAUCUCCGUGUUAGCAGCAUCUUUGUCAGAGAAUCAGUCUCCACAGCAGGAGAAACAAUAGUUAGUUUCUCCCUUUUCUUUUCUUAGUUGAUUUCUGCUGUAUAUUUGUUUAAGGUGCAGUUAUGUCAAGUAACCAUAGUUAUGUAUUGUUGAUCGAUUCAUGAAAAUGAAUAAUAAUAAUUUGCCACUUUUCAAA